AUGAUUUUUGCAGUGAUUUGGGAGAAAUUAGUUCAUUUCCAAUAGUUUCCAACGUGCUAAAAUGUCUGUAGAAAACUUCAACUGAACUCAGUGCAAUGAAAACAUUUGUAUUUUUUCCCUAUCCAGCACUAUUUUGUGACUACUACAAUCAGCCUGAUGGGUGUGAAUGGCACUACAAACCUUGUCAGGCACCAUGCAUGAAGACCUGCACUAACCCCUCAGGAAAAUGUCUUGACCACAUCCCACUCAUUGAGGGAUGCUUUCCUAACUGCCCUAAUGAGAGGCCUUACUUUGAGGAGAAAACCAUGACGUGUGUAUCAGCUUGCGACUGCGAGUACAACGGGAAAACAUAUAAAUUCGGAGAAGUCAUCUACGAAACAAAUGAUGGAGACGGAUACUGUUUAGAAGCUGUCUGUGGAGUGAAUGCAACUGUGUCCAGGUUUAUCACUAAAUGUCCGACUACGACAGCACCGUCUACACCUUUCACAUUCACCACAACCACUCCGACAACAACCCAGACCAUCACAACAACAACAACAACAACCAUAACCCCGACAACAGCCUCAACAACAACAACACAACCAACCAGUACAUCCACUGAAAUCACAAGCACUGAGACAACAGGCUCAACUACUACAGUUUGUCCGUACGAAUUAGUGUGUAAAUGGACUGACUGGAUAGACAACAGUUAUCCAAAGCCUGGAGUAGACGGAGAGGACAUUGAAACACUGGAAAACAUCACAUGCCAUAUUUAUCGAGAGGUCCAGUGUAGGGCCAAAAUGCUUCCAUUGUAUCGCAUACAAGAACUUGGCCAAGUAGUGCAAUGUGGUCCUUCUGGAUUAAUCUGUAGAAACAGAGACCAGUCCAAUGAAACCUGCCGUAAUUAUGAAAUACGUGUCAGAUGCUGCACAUGUCCAAGUACAACAAUCCCAACUACUACCACAGAGAGCACGAUAACAACAUCAACAAUCUCUCCAACUACACCUACUGUGACCACAACGGCCAGCACGACUACAAAAGAACUCACAACCACAAGAAUUACAACUGGACCAACAACUACAACACAGAGCACCACUACACCAACAACACCAAAUAUAACUACCACCACUGUUGGCACAUCCACACCGACGACUCCAACAGAGAGCACAAGCACACUGACAACAACUAGCCCAACGACCACCACAGAAAGUACCACGGCAGGAACCACAAGUACUCCUACUACGACCACCACAGGCACAACGACAGUCACAACUACAACACCCCCAACCACAACAACAUUCACAACUACAACAUCAACAAUCUCUCCACCUACACCUACUGUGAGCACAACGGCUGGCGCAACUACAUCAGAACAGACAACCACACAAAUUACAAUCAUCCCAACAUCUACAACACAGAGCACCACUUCAUCAACAACACCUCAACCAACUACAACAACUUUGACCACAUCCACACCAACAACUCCAACAGAGAGCACAAGCACCCUAACAACAACUAGCCCAACGACCACCACAGAAAGUACCACGGCAGGAACCACAAGUACUUCUACUACGACUACCCAACCAACUGUGAGAACAGGGGCUCCUCCCUCAACAUCUUCUUCUAGAACGGAACCUCAAGUAAAAUAUUCAACUACUGCAACACAGAGCACCACUUCAUCAACAACACCUCAACCAACUACAACAACUUUGACCACAUCCACACCAACAACUCAAACAGAGAGCACAAGCACCCUAACAACAACUAGCCCAACGACCACCACAGAAAGUACCACGGCAGGAACCACAAGUACUCCUACUACGACCACCACAGGCACAACAACAUUCACAACUACAACAACCCCAACCACAACAACAACUACAACAGAGAGUUCAAGCACAUUGACAACAACUAGCCCAACAACUACGACACAAAGUACCACUACAGAAACAACUGGAAGUCUGACUACAACAACCCCGACAUCAGCCUCAACAACACAACCAACAAGUACAUCCACUGAAAUCACAAGCACUCAGACAACAGGCUCAACUACUACAGCUUGUCCGUACGAAUUAGUGUGUAAAUGGACUGACUGGAUAGACAACAGUUAUCCAAACCCUGGAGUAGACGGAGAGGACAAUGAAACACUAGAAAAUAUCACAUGCCAUACUUAUGGAGAGGUCCAGUGUAGGGCCAAACAGCUUCCAAUGACUCCCAUAAAAGAUAUUGGCCAAGUAGUGCAAUGUGGUCCAGCUCCAUUUGGAUUCAUCUGCAGAAACAGAGAGCAGUCCAAUGGAACCUGCCGUAAUUAUGAAAUACGUGUCAGAUGCUGCACAUGUCCAAGUACAACAUCCCCAACAACAACAACAACAGUCACAACUACAAUAUCAACAAUCUCUCCAACUACACCUACUGUGAGCACAACGGCUAGCGCAACUACAACAGAACAGACAACCACACAAAUUACAAUCAUCCCAACAUCUACAACACAGAGCACCACUUCAUCAACAACACCUCAACCAACUACAACAACUUUGACCACAUCCACACCAACAACUCCAACAGAGAGCACAAGCACCCUAACAACAACUAGCCCAACGACCACCACAGAAAGUACCACGGCAGGAACCACAAGUACUCCUACUACGACCACCACAGGCACAACAACAUUCACAACUACAACAACCCCAACCACAACAACAACUACAACAGAGAGUUCAAGCACAUUGACAACAACUAGCCCAACAACUACGACACAAAGUACCACUACAGAAACAACUGGAAGUCUGACUACAACAACCCCGACAUCAGCCUCAACAACACAACCAACAAGUACAUCCACUGAAAUCACAAGCACUCAGACAACAGGCUCAACUACUACAGUUUGUCCGUACGAAUUAGUGUGUAAAUGGACCGACUGGAUAGACAACAGUUAUCCAAACCCUGAGGUAGACGGAGAGGACAAUGAAACACUAGAAAACAUCACAUGCCAUACUUAUGGAGAGGUCCAGUGUAGGGCCAAACAGCUUCCAAUGACUCCCAUAAAAGAUAUUGGCCAAGUAGUGCAAUGUGGUCCAUCUCCAUUUGGAUUCAUCUGCAGAAACAGAGACCAGUCCAAUGGAACCUGCCGUAAUUAUGAAAUACGUGUCAGAUGCUGCACAUGUCCAAGUACAACAUCCCCAACAACAACAACAGUCACAACUACAACAUCAACAAUCUCUCCACCUACACCUACUGUGAGCACAACGGCUGGCGCAACUACAUCAGAACAGACAACCACACAAAUUACAAUCAUCCCAACCACUACAACACAGAGCACCACUUCAUCAACAACACCUCAACCAACUACAACAACUUUGACCACAUCCACACCAACAACUCAAACAGAGAGCACAAGCACCCUAACAACAACUAGCCCAACGACCACCACAGAAAGUACCACGGCAGGAACCACAAGUACUCCUACUACGACCACCACAGGCACAACAACAUUCACAACUACAACAACCCCAACCACAACAACAACUACAACAGAGAGUUCAAGCACAUUGACAACAACUAGCCCAACAACUACGACACAAAGUACCACUACAGAAACAACUGGAAGUCUGACUACAACAACCCCGACAUCAGCCUCAACAACACAACCAACAAGUACAUCCACUGAAAUCACAAGCACUCAGACAACAGGCUCAACUACUACAGCUUGUCCGUACGAAUUAGUUUGUAAAUGGACUGACUGGAUAGACAACAGUUAUCCAAACCCUGGAGUAGACGGAGAGGACAAUGAAACACUAGAAAAUAUCACAUGCCAUACUUAUGGAGAGGUCCAGUGUAGGGCCAAACAGCUUCCAAUGACUCCCAUAAAAGAUAUUGGCCAAGUAGUGCAAUGUGGUCCAGCUCCAUUUGGAUUCAUCUGCAGAAACAGAGACCAGUCCAAUGGAACCUGCCGUAAUUAUGAAAUACGUGUCAGAUGCUGCACAUGUCCAAGUACAACAUCCCCAACAACAACAACAACAGUCACAACUACAACAUCAACAAUCUCUCCAACUACACCUACUGUGAGCACAACGGCUAGCGCAACUACAACAGAACAGACAACCACACAAAUUACAAUCAUCCCAACAUCUACAACACAGAGCACCACUUCAUCAACAACACCUCAACCAACUACAACAACUUUGACCACAUCCACACCAACAACUCCAACAGAGAGCACAAGCACCCUAACAACAACUAGCCCAACGACCACCACAGAAAGUACCACGGCAGGAACCACAAGUACUCCUACUACGACCACCACAGGCACAACGACAGUCACAACUACAACAACCCCAACCACAACAACAACUACAACAGAGAGUUCAAGCACAUUGACAACAACUAGCCCAACAACUACGACACAAAGUACCACUACAGAAACAACUGGAAGUCUGACUACAACAACCCCGACAUCAGCCUCAACAACACAACCAACAAGUACAUCCACUGAAAUCACAAGCACUCAGACAACAGGCUCAACUACUACAGUUUGUCCGUACGAAUUAGUGUGUAAAUGGACCGACUGGAUAGACAACAGUUAUCCAAACCCUGAGGUAGACGGAGAGGACAAUGAAACACUAGAAAACAUCACAUGCCAUACUUAUGGAGAGGUCCAGUGUAGGGCCAAACAGCUUCCAAUGACUCCCAUAAAAGAUAUUGGCCAAGUAGUGCAAUGUGGUCCAUCUCCAUUUGGAUUCAUCUGCAGAAACAGAGACCAGUCCAAUGGAACCUGCCGUAAUUAUGAAAUACGUGUCAGAUGCUGCACAUGUCCAAGUACAACAUCCCCAACAACAACAACAGUCACAACUACAACAUCAACAAUCUCUCCACCUACACCUACUGUGAGCACAACGGCUGGCGCAACUACAUCAGAACAGACAACCACACAAAUUACAAUCAUCCCAACCACUACAACACAGAGCACCACUUCAUCAACAACACCUCAACCAACUACAACAACUUUGACCACAUCCACACCAACAACUCAAACAGAGAGCACAAGCACCCUAACAACAACUAGCCCAACGACCACCACAGAAAGUACCACGGCAGGAACCACAAGUACUCCUACUACGACCACCACAGGCACAACAACAUUCACAACUACAACAACCCCAACCACAACAACAACUACAACAGAGAGUUCAAGCACAUUGACAACAACUAGCCCAACAACUACGACACAAAGUACCACUACAGAAACAACUGGAAGUCUGACUACAACAACCCCGACAUCAGCCUCAACAACACAACCAACAAGUACAUCCACUGAAAUCACAAGCACUCAGACAACAGGCUCAACUACUACAGCUUGUCCGUACGAAUUAGUUUGUAAAUGGACUGACUGGAUAGACAACAGUUAUCCAAACCCUGGAGUAGACGGAGAGGACAAUGAAACACUAGAAAAUAUCACAUGCCAUACUUAUGGAGAGGUCCAGUGUAGGGCCAAACAGCUUCCAAUGACUCCCAUAAAAGAUAUUGGCCAAGUAGUGCAAUGUGGUCCAGCUCCAUUUGGAUUCAUCUGCAGAAACAGAGACCAGUCCAAUGGAACCUGCCGUAAUUAUGAAAUACGUGUCAGAUGCUGCACAUGUCCAAGUACAACAUCCCCAACAACAACAACAACAGUCACAACUACAACAUCAACAAUCUCUCCAACUACACCUACUGUGAGCACAACGGCUAGCGCAACUACAACAGAACAGACAACCACACAAAUUACAAUCAUCCCAACAUCUACAACACAGAGCACCACUUCAUCAACAACACCUCAACCAACUACAACAACUUUGACCACAUCCACACCAACAACUCCAACAGAGAGCACAAGCACCCUAACAACAACUAGCCCAACGACCACCACAGAAAGUACCACGGCAGGAACCACAAGUACUCCUACUACGACCACCACAGGCACAACAACAUUCACAACUACAACAACCCCAACCACAACAACAACUACAACAGAGAGUUCAAGCACAUUGACAACAACUAGCCCAACAACUACGACACAAAGUACCACUACAGAAACAACUGGAAGUCUGACUACAACAACCCCGACAUCAGCCUCAACAACACAACCAACAAGUACAUCCACUGAAAUCACAAGCACUCAGACAACAGGCUCAACUACUACAGUUUGUCCGUACGAAUUAGUGUGUAAAUGGACCGACUGGAUAGACAACAGUUAUCCAAACCCUGAGGUAGACGGAGAGGACAAUGAAACACUAGAAAACAUCACAUGCCAUACUUAUGGAGAGGUCCAGUGUAGGGCCAAACAGCUUCCAAUGACUCCCAUAAAAGAUAUUGGCCAAGUAGUGCAAUGUGGUCCAUCUCCAUUUGGAUUCAUCUGCAGAAACAGAGACCAGUCCAAUGGAACCUGCCGUAAUUAUGAAAUACGUGUCAGAUGCUGCACAUGUCCAAGUACAACAUCCCCAACAACAACAACAGUCACAACUACAACAUCAACAAUCUCUCCACCUACACCUACUGUGAGCACAACGGCUGGCGCAACUACAUCAGAACAGACAACCACACAAAUUACAAUCAUCCCAACCACUACAACACAGAGCACCACUUCAUCAACAACACCUCAACCAACUACAACAACUUUGACCACAUCCACACCAACAACUCCAACAGAGAGCACAAGCACAAUAACAACAACUAGCCCAACGACCACCACAGAAAGUACCACGGCAGGAACCACAAGUACUUAUACUACGACUACCCAACCAACUGUGAGAACAGGGGCUCCUCCCUCAACAUCUUCUUCUAGAACGGAACCUCAAGUAAAAUAUUCAACUACUGCAACACAGAGCACCACUUCAUCAACAACACCUCAACCAACUACAACAACUUUGACCACAUCCACACCAACAACUCAAACAGAGAGCACAAGCACCCUAACAACAACUAGCCCAACGACCACCACAGAAAGUACCACGGCAGGAACCACAAGUACUCCUACUACGACCACCACAGGCACAACAACAUUCACAACUACAACAACCCCAACCACAACAACAACUACAACAGAGAGUUCAAGCACAUUGACAACAACUAGCCCAACAACUACGACACAAAGUACCACUACAGAAACAACUGGAAGUCUGACUACAACAACCCCGACAUCAGCCUCAACAACACAACCAACAAGUACAUCCACUGAAAUCACAAGCACUCAGACAACAGGCUCAACUACUACAGCUUGUCCGUACGAAUUAGUUUGUAAAUGGACUGACUGGAUAGACAACAGUUAUCCAAACCCUGGAGUAGACGGAGAGGACAAUGAAACACUAGAAAAUAUCACAUGCCAUACUUAUGGAGAGGUCCAGUGUAGGGCCAAACAGCUUCCAAUGACUCCCAUAAAAGAUAUUGGCCAAGUAGUGCAAUGUGGUCCAGCUCCAUUUGGAUUCAUCUGCAGAAACAGAGACCAGUCCAAUGGAACCUGCCGUAAUUAUGAAAUACGUGUCAGAUGCUGCACAUGUCCAAGUACAACAUCCCCAACAACAACAACAACAGUCACAACUACAACAUCAACAAUCUCUCCAACUACACCUACUGUGAGCACAACGGCUAGCGCAACUACAACAGAACAGACAACCACACAAAUUACAAUCAUCCCAACAUCUACAACACAGAGCACCACUUCAUCAACAACACCUCAACCAACUACAACAACUUUGACCACAUCCACACCAACAACUCCAACAGAGAGCACAAGCACCCUAACAACAACUAGCCCAACGACCACCACAGAAAGUACCACGGCAGGAACCACAAGUACUCCUACUACGACCACCACAGGCACAACAACAUUCACAACUACAACAACCCCAACCACAACAACAACUACAACAGAGAGUUCAAGCACAUUGACAACAACUAGCCCAACAACUACGACACAAAGUACCACUACAGAAACAACUGGAAGUCUGACUACAACAACCCCGACAUCAGCCUCAACAACACAACCAACAAGUCCAUCCACUGAAAUCACAAGCACUCAGACAACAGGCUCAACUACUACAGUUUGUCCGUAUGAAUUAGUGUGUAAAUGGACCGACUGGAUAGACAACAGUUAUCCAAACCCUGAGGUAGACGGAGAGGACAAUGAAACACUAGAAAACAUCACAUGCCAUACUUAUGGAGAGGUCCAGUGUAGGGCCAAACAGCUUCCAAUGACUCCCAUAAAAGAUAUUGGCCAAGUAGUGCAAUGUGGUCCAGCUCCAUUUGGAUUCAUCUGCAGAAACAGAGAGCAGUCCAAUGGAACCUGCCGUAAUUAUGAAAUACGUGUCAGAUGCUGCACAUGUCCAAGUACAACACCCCCAACCACAACAACAUUCACAACUACAACAUCAACAAUCUCUCCACCUACACCUACUGUGAGCACAACGGCUAGCGCAACUACAACAGAACAGACAACCACACAAAUUACAAUCAUCCCAACCACUACAACACAGAGCACCACUUCAUCAACAACACCUCAACCAACUACAACAACUUUGACCACAUCCACACCAACAACUCCAACAGAGAGCACAAGCACCCUGACAACAACUAGCCCAACGACCACCACAGAAAGUACCACGGCAGGAACCACAAGUACUCCUACUACGACCACCACAGGCACAACGACAGUCACAACUACAACAACCCCAACCACAACAACAUUCACAACUACAACAACCCCAACCACAACAACAACUCCAACAGAGAGUUCAAGCACAUUGACAACAACUAGCCCAACAACUACGACACAAAGUACCACUACAGAAACAACUGGAAGUCUGACUACAACAACCCCGACAUCAGCCUCAACAACACAACCAACAAGUACAUCCACUGAAAUCACAAGCACUCAGACAACAGGCUCAACUACUACAGUUUGUCCGUACGAAUUAGUGUGUAAAUGGACCGACUGGAUAGACAACAGUUAUCCAAACCCUGAGGUAGACGGAGAGGACAAUGAAACACUAGAAAACAUCACAUGCCAUACUUAUGGAGAGGUCCAGUGUAGGGCCAAACAGCUUCCAAUGACUCCCAUAAAAGAUAUUGGCCAAGUAGUGCAAUGUGGUCCAGCUCCAUUUGGAUUCAUCUGCAGAAACAGAGACCAGUCCAAUGGAACCUGCCGUAAUUAUGAAAUACGUGUCAGAUGCUGCACAUGUCCAAGUACAACAUCCCCAACAACAACAACAACAGUCACAACUACAACAUCAACAAUCUCUCCAACUACACCUACUGUGAGCACAACGGCUAGCGCAACUACAACAGAACAGACAACCACACAAAUUACAAUCAUCCCAACAUCUACAACACAGAGCACCACUUCAUCAACAACACCUCAACCAACUACAACAACUUUGACCACAUCCACACCAACAACUCAAACAGAGAGCACAAGCACCCUAACAACAACUAGCCCAACGACCACCACAGAAAGUACCACGGCAGGAACCACAAGUACUCCUACUACGACCACCACAGGCACAACAACAUUCACAACUACAACAACCCCAACCACAACAACAACUACAACAGAGAGUUCAAGCACAUUGACAACAACUAGCCCAACAACUACGACACAAAGUACCACUACAGAAACAACUGGAAGUCUGACUACAACAACCCCGACAUCAGCCUCAACAACACAACCAACAAGUACAUCCACUGAAAUCACAAGCACUCAGACAACAGGCUCAACUACUACAGUUUGUCCGUACGAAUUAGUGUGUAAAUGGACCGACUGGAUAGACAACAGUUAUCCAAACCCUGGAGUAGACGGAGAGGACAAUGAAACACUAGAAAACAUCACAUGCCAUACUUAUGGAGAGGUCCAGUGUAGGGCCAAACAGCUUCCAAUGACUCCCAUAAAAGAUAUUGGCCAAGUAGUGCAAUGUGGUCCAGCUCCAUUUGGAUUCAUCUGCAGAAACAGAGAGCAGUCCAAUGGAACCUGCCGUAAUUAUGAAAUACGUGUCAGAUGCUGCACAUGUCCAAGUACAACAUCCCCAACAACAACAACAACAGUCACAACUACAACAUCAACAAUCUCUCCAACUACACCUACUGUGAGCACAACGGCUAGCGCAACUACAACAGAACAGACAACCACACAAAUUACAAUCAUCCCAACAUCUACAACACAGAGCACCACUUCAUCAACAACACCUCAACCAACUACAACAACUUUGACCACAUCCACACCAACAACUCCAACAGAGAGCACAAGCACCCUGACAACAACUAGCCCAACGACCACCACAGAAAGUACCACGGCAGGAACCACAAGUACUCCUACUACGACCACCACAGGCACAACGACAGUCACAACUACAACAACCCCAACCACAACAACAUUCACAACUACAACAACCCCAACCACAACAACAACUCCAACAGAGAGUUCAAGCACAUUGACAACAACUAGCCCAACAACUACGACACAAAGUACCACUACAGAAACAACUGGAAGUCUGACUACAACAACCCCGACAUCAGCCUCAACAACACAACCAACAAGUACAUCCACUGAAAUCACAAGCACUCGGACAACAGGCUCAACUACUACAGUUUGUCCGUACGAAUUAGUGUGUAAAUGGACCGACUGGAUAGACAACAGUUAUCCAAACCCUGGAGUAGACGGAGAGGACAAUGAAACACUAGAAAACAUCACAUGCCAUACUUAUGGAGAGGUCCAGUGUAGGGCCAAACAGCUUCCAAUGACUCCCAUAAAAGAUAUUGGCCAAGUAGUGCAAUGUGGUCCAGCUCCAUUUGGAUUCAUCUGCAGAAACAGAGACCAGUCCAAUGGAACCUGCCGUAAUUAUGAAAUACGUGUCAGAUGCUGCACAUGUCCAAGUACAACAUCCCCAACAACAACAACAACAGUCACAACUACAACAUCAACAAUCUCUCCAACUACACCUACUGUGAGCACAACGGCUAGCGCAACUACAACAGAACAGACAACCACACAAAUUACAAUCAUCCCAACAUCUACAACACAGAGCACCACUUCAUCAACAACACCUCAACCAACUACAACAACUUUGACCACAUCCACACCAACAACUCAAACAGAGAGCACAAGCACCCUGACAACAACUAGCCCAACGACCACCACAGAAAGUACCACGGCAGGAACCACAAGUACUCCUACUACGACCACCACAGGCACAACGACAGUCACAACUACAACAACCCCAACCACAACAACAUUCACAACUACAACAACCCCAACCACAACAACAACUCCAACAGAGAGUUCAAGCACAUUGACAACAACUAGCCCAACAACUACGACACAAAGUACCACUACAGAAACAACUGGAAGUCUGACUACAACAACCCCGACAUCAGCCUCAACAACACAACCAACAAGUACAUCCACUGAAAUCACAAGCACUCGGACAACAGGCUCAACUACUACAGUUUGUCCGUACGAAUUAGUGUGUAAAUGGACCGACUGGAUAGACAACAGUUAUCCAAACCCUGGAGUAGACGGAGAGGACAAUGAAACACUAGAAAACAUCACAUGCCAUACUUAUGGAGAGGUCCAGUGUAGGGCCAAACAGCUUCCAAUGACUCCCAUAAAAGAUAUUGGCCAAGUAGUGCAAUGUGGUCCAGCUCCAUUUGGAUUCAUCUGCAGAAACAGAGACCAGUCCAAUGGAACCUGCCGUAAUUAUGAAAUACGUGUCAGAUGCUGCACAUGUCCAAGUACAACAUCCCCAACCACAACAACAACAGUCACAACUACAACAUCAACAAUCUCUCCAACUACACCUACUGUGAGCACAACGGCUAGCGCAACUACAACAGAACAGACAACCACACAAAUUACAAUCAUCCCAACAUCUACAACACAGAGCACCACUUCAUCAACAACACCUCAACCAACUACAACAACUUUGACCACAUCCACACCAACAACUCCAACAGAGAGCACAAGCACCCUAACAACAACUAGCCCAACGACCACCACAGAAAGUACCACGGCAGGAACCACAAGUACUCCUACUACGACCACCACAGGCACAACAACAUUCACAACUACAACAACCCCAACCACAACAACAACUACAACAGAGAGUUCAAGCACAUUGACAACAACUAGCCCAACAACUACGACACAAAGUACCACUACAGAAACAACUGGAAGUCUGACUACAACAACCCCGACAUCAGCCUCAACAACACAACCAACAAGUACAUCCACUGAAAUCACAAGCACUCAGACAACAGGCUCAACUACUACAGUUUGUCCGUACGAAUUAGUGUGUAAAUGGACCGACUGGAUAGACAACAGUUAUCCAAACCCUGGAGUAGACGGAGAGGACAAUGAAACACUAGAAAACAUCACAUGCCAUACUUAUGGAGAGGUCCAGUGUAGGGCCAAACAGCUUCCAAUGACUCCCAUAAAAGAUAUUGGCCAAGUAGUGCAAUGUGGUCCAGCUCCAUUUGGAUUCAUCUGCAGAAACAGAGAGCAGUCCAAUGGAACCUGCCGUAAUUAUGAAAUACGUGUCAGAUGCUGCACAUGUCCAAGUACAACAUCCCCAACAACAACAACAGUCACAACUACAACAUCAACAAUCUCUCCAACUACACCUACUGUGAGCACAACGGCUGGCGCAACUACAACAGAACAGACAACCACACAGAUUACAAUCAUCCCAACAUCUACAACACAGAGCACCACUUCAUCAACAACACCUCAACCAACUACAACAACUUUGACCACAUCCACACCAACAACUCCAACAGAGAGCACAAGCACCCUAACAACAACUAGCCCAACAACCACCACAGAAAGUACCACGGCAGGAACCACAAGUACUCCUACUACGACUACCACAGGCACAACGACAGUCACAACUACAACACCUCCAACCACAACAACAUUCACAACUACAACAUCAACAAUCUCUCCACCUACACCUACUGUGAGCACAACGGCUAGCGCAACUACAACAGAACAGACAACCACACAAAUUACAAUCAUCCCAACAUCUACAACACAGAGCACCACUUCAUCAACAACACCUCAACCAACUACAACAACUCCAACAGAGAGCACAAGCACACUAACAACAACUAGCCCAACGACCAUCACAGAAAGUACCACAGCAGGAACCACAAGUACUCCUACUACGACCACAACAGGCACAACGACAGUCACAACUACAACACCCCCAACCACAACAACCUUCACAACUACAAAAUCAACAAUCUCUCCACCUACCCCUACUGUGAGCACAACGGCUAGCGCAACUACAACAGAACAGACAACCACACAAAUUACAAUCAUCCCAACCACUACAACACAGAGCACCACUUCAUCAACAACACCUCAACCAACUACAACAACUUUGACCCCAUCCACACCAACAACUCCAACAGAGAGCACAAGCACCCUAACAACAACUAGCCCAACGACCACCACAGAAAGUACCACGGCAGGAACCACAAGUACUCCUACUACGACCACCACAGGCACAACGACAGUCACAACUACAACACCCCCAACCACAACAUCAACAGUCACAACUACAACAUCAACAAUCUCUCCACCUACACCUACUGUGAGCACAACGGCUAGCGCAACUACAACAGAACAGACAACCACACAAAUUACAAUCAUCCCAACCACUACAACACAGAGCACCACUUCAUCAACAACACCUCAACCAACUACAACAACCCCAACCACAACAACAACUCCAACAGAGAGUUCAAGCACAUUGACAACAACUAGCCCAACAACUACGACACAAAGUACCACUACAGAAACAACUGGAAGUCUGACUACAACAACCCCCACAUCAGCCUCAACAACACAACCAACAAGUACAUCCACUGAAAUCACAAGCACUCAGACAACAGGCUCAACUACUACAGUUUGUCCGUACGAAUUAGUGUGUAAAUGGACCGACUGGAUAGACAACAGUUAUCCAAACCCUGGAGUAGACGGAGAGGACAAUGAAACACUAGAAAACAUCACAUGCCAUACUUAUGGAGAGGUCCAGUGUAGGGCCAAACAGCUUCCAAUGACUCCCAUAAAAGAUAUUGGCCAAGUAGUGCAAUGUGGUCCAGCUCCAUUUGGAUUCAUCUGCAGAAACAGAGACCAGUCCAAUGGAACCUGCCGUAAUUAUGAAAUACGUGUCAGAUGCUGCACAUGUCCAAGUACAACAUCCCCAACAACAACAACAACAGUCAUAACUACAACAUCAACAAUCUCUCCAACUACACCUACUGUGAGCACAACGGCUGGCGCAACUACAACAGAACAGACAACCACACAAAUUACAAUCAUCCCAACAACUACAACACAGAGCACCACUUCAUCAACAACACCUCAACCAACUACAACAACUUUGACCACAUCCACACCAACAACUCCAACGACCACCACAGAAAGUACCACGGCAGGAACCACAAGUACUUCUACUACGACUACCCAGCCAACUGUGAGAACAGGGGCUCCUCCCUCAACAUCUUCUUCUAGAACGGAACCUCAAGUAAAAUAUUCAACUACUGCAACACAGAGCACCAGUUCAUCAACAACACCUCAACCAACUACAACAACUCCAACAGAGAGCACAAGCACACUAACAACAACUAGCCCAACGACCACCACAGAAAGUACUACGGCAGGAACGACAAGGACUCCUACUACGACCACAAUAGGCACAACGACAGUCACAACUACAACACCCCCAACCACAACAACAUUUACAACUACAACAUCAACAAUCUCUCCAACUACACCUACUGUGAGCACAACAGAAUGCUUCUGUAGAUUCGGAUCUACAUAUUACCCACCAGGCUCUUACAUGUACAAUAAAACCGAUGCGGGUGGCUGGUGUUAUACUGCAUAUUGCAAUGCUUCAUGUCAAGUUGAGAAAGAGACAAGGCCCUGCCAUUUCACUUCCCCUCAUCCCAUUACAACAUCUAGCAUACCUUGCACUCAUGUGAUACCACCAAAGACGCACGGAGAAACUUGGACUAAAAAUUGCACCACAUACACUUGUGUGAAUGGUGAAGUGACCUCUGAACCGGUGCAGUGCAACCCCCAAGCCCAGGAGAAACCUCAGUGUGAAAAUGGACUCUCUCCUGUAAAGGUCUAUGAUGGCUGUUGUUACCACUAUGAGUGUCAAUGUAAGUUGAACAGGUUUGAAUAAGAAACCAAGAUCUGAUAUCACAUGCUUUGAACCAUUUAUCAUAAACAUGUCAUGA